CAGACUGACAGCAAGGCAAAGUAGUGAGUCAGUGUUUGGCAAUGGUGUGGGCGGUGAAAGUAGCGAGCAUGUUAUGAGCCUAAGGGAGAUCAGUGAUGUCAGACAGUGGUAGGAGGAGAUCGCUGAGACUGGAGAGUGAACGGGAAAAAGGGGUCGGCCAGAGACCACGAAGACAACUGUAAACACAGAGACAGCGCAACACAGUUAGAACAAGCGGCGGCACACCUUCUGCUUAGUAAUGCCCGGAUCCCAGCGCCUUGAAUCCAUAGCACGAGUUCUGUCAGAUGGCUGCUUAAUAAGAUAAACUAUUCUUUUAUGGCUUACCUCAGGACCUGAAGCACUCACAAGGGUUAUUAUAUAUAUACAUAUUUAUAUAUAUAUAUAUAUAUAUAUAUAUAUUUAUUUUCGAGAUCUGGAUUACUUCAGAUACAUUUUGUAGAAGAAACUAAUGCUGUGGUAGUUCAAUCCAUAAUUCUUCAAGAGGAAUUCUUAUUUUUCUAAUAUUUGUUGCACAAAUGGAUAAUAUUGAGAGCACAAAAACAGACGAACAUUCCUUAAAUCAUCAUAACAAAGCACUAAAUGGUUUUCCAAGAUCCGUUUCAUCAAACAGUGAUGAUGAGAAAAAUGUUAAAAGCAAACCUAAAAGCAUGGCUAAUGGCUUGCGAAAAGGACUGAAGCAUUAUCCAGACUAUAUCCAAAUUACUAUGCCAGCGGACUCUAGGAACAAAUUUCCAAUGGAGUGGUGGAAAACUGGCAUUGCCUUUAUUUAUGCUUUCUUUAACAUGGUUCUCACCACCGUUAUGAUCACAGUGGUACACGAGAGAGUGCCUCCAAAGGAAGUCAGCCCUCCGCUUCCAGACAAGUUUUUUGACUACAUCAGCCGGGUGUCUUGGGCCUUUUCUGUUUCAGAGAUAACUGGGAUGAUUUUAGUUGCCCUUUGGACAGUCCAGUGGGUCUUCUUGAGAUACAAAUCAAUUAUAGGACGGCGAUUUUUCUUUAUAAUUGGAACAUUAUACUUGUAUCGAUGUCUUACUAUGUAUGUUACUACACUGCCAGUGCCUGGAGUCCAUUUUCAGUGUGCCCCAAAGCUGCAUGGCGAUUCUUACGCACAAUUGCAAAGGAUCCUCCGAUUAAUAUCUGGCGGUGGUUUAUCCAUUACAGGCUCUCACAUAUUGUGUGGAGAUUUUCUGUACAGUGGCCAUACAGUUAUUCUCACGCUGACCUACCUGUUUAUUAAAGAAUAUUCUCCCCGACACUUUUGGUGGUAUCAUUUAAUCUGCUGGCUACUAAGUGCUGCAGGCAUCAUCUGCAUACUAGUGGCACACGAACACUAUACAGUGGAUGUGGUUGUUGCCUACUAUGUAACUACCAGACUCUUUUGGUGGUAUCAUACUAUGGCUAAUGAAAAGUGUUUAAAGACCUCUUCUCCAACAAAUUUACUUACCAGAACCUGGUGGUUUCCAGUGUUUUUAUUCUUUGAGAAGAAUGUUCAGGCCUGUAUUCCAUGCAGUUAUUCGUGGCCCAUCUCUUGGCCGCCCAGCUGCUUCAAAGCAUCAUGCAAAACCUAUUCAAGAGUACAGAAGACAGCGGAGGAUGUUGAAAAGGCCACCUGAAUUCUGUCAGUAGACUUCACAUUUAAAACAAACAUGCAGUAGAUGGAAGACUUUUUCAAUGCUAUAACCAAAGAAAUAUUUUCUUGUUCAAAAGAAUAUAACUUAAUGAAGUGGACCAAACAUUGUAUUUCUUUUAAUUGCAAAGGUAGUUAGAAAUGGAAUACAACAUUUAUCCCUGCUAACUUUAUCUUAACAAACACUAAAUUAACUUAUGGCCAGACUGCAUCCCCAUGAAUGCAUUUUAAAAGAAUAGUAAAAACAAUUUGUUUAGAAGGUAGUAGUAUUCCUAACUCUGUGUUUGCGGGUGCAUAUUUUGCUAAUGAAUUAGCCUGUAGCUCACAAAAUCUCUUACAGGGUACCGUGAAAUUCAUGAUAACUUCCCUGCAUUGAAAAUUUGAUCCAUUAUUGAAAAAAAAACAUUUGGGAGGUUGGAGAUAGGAGUUUCUGUGGCCUCUUUUAAUCAUACUUUUGCUCAGAAUGGUAAACCAAAGCUUUUAUUCAAUCUUGGCCUCACUAAUGAACAUCCCAGUGCCAUCUUUGACAUUUAGUAGAGCACCUUGGAGUGCUCUUUACAAUAUUAAUAUCAGUUUUAAUAACUCGUGUGAUGUGUCCAUUAAUGUACGACUAUAGCUUAAGCACAGUUUGUAAAUGAUUAUUUUAUAAAACUUUUAUUCAAAAGCUUCCUUGUCUUUGCAGAACCUGAAGUUGGAAUCCCUGAACUCUUUUAUCUGAUUCAUUGCACUAAUUUCAUACUGAUCACUCAGAGCAAUGUUCUGCAUUACAGUUGCCUUAACUUGAGUCUUUGAGCUUCUUCAUGUUCUGGAAGACAAGAUAUAAAGUUAAACUUGCUUUAUCUUUAGUGCAGUUAUACUGUAUAUAUUUAAAGCUCUUAUAAUUUAUGAUAAUAUUUGUGUUUGCAAAUGUUACAAAAAAGGAGAUUUGCUACUUGCCAGAGAAGAUUAGUGUGUGAAUGACAGAGGGUUAGUGUGUCACCGACUUAUUGCCAAGAUAAGGAACAGCAAAAAUGUACAUAGAAGUUGCCCCUCCAAAUGCCACCCUGGAUCUAUGAUGUAAAAGCAUAUUGUGCAGCAGACUGUCGCCCCAGUUUGUGGUACACUUUUAACUUAAGCACAGGAUUUUAAAUAUGUCUGCUGACAAUAUAUGUAUGUUUUAUAGGCAGCUCCAACUGUGAUAUUGGUUAUUCUGUAGUAUGGUAAGACAGACCUAAUAUUCAUCUAUGCCAUCUUAGGUUUCUGAUCACAUUUGGAGAAAUAACAUUCCUUGGAUUGGCUCACAUGGAAAGAUUAUGACCAAAAAAAUAAGUGUCUUUUCUAUUAAAGCUCAGUGGGAGAAAAUACAUCACUAAGGUAAUGGUAAUGCUGUAAAUUAAUCACGGUUAUAGAAAAAUACCAGGCUGUCCAGGUCAAAACCAGACAGGUGGCAACCCUAUCUACAUACCAAAAUUGGUAUGUAAAAACAGCUUCUAUUCAGGCAAUACUUGCAACAAUACUUUUCAGGGGUAACAUCUAAUGACAGGUCUAAACAUUCAGAACUGAAAGUGGUUGCUUCUGUUGCAGUAGUCUUCGUGUGGUGGACUACCUCACCUACAUUGUUAUGCUACAUCAAUUGCUGUGCUGAUGAAUUGACAUACUGUAUUUUCAGAAAUGCUACUGUGGCUUCUUUGAAAAAGGAACUCUGCCCACAGACUGGUUUGAAAGCAACUUUCCCUCUAUACCAUCUAAAACAUUUCAGUAGGUUUAAUGUUUAUUGGAAGAUGCUUACCAUUAUAUUUUAUUUCAUUGUACCAAAGGCCAUUUGAGUAGAGGUUACCUUUAAGAUGAAGUGUCAUAUGGAACAAGUCACAUAACACGAAAGAGAAUAAAACACUGCAGACAACAUCUGUCCUUCCUGAGAAGGUAGUGCAAUAUGGGAACAUUGAAUUACUACACUGUUGUGGAUAUUCCAGUCAUUUUAAUGGUACCCUCUUGAAAUAAAUGUAGAUUUUUUUUGCAUACAUAUAUGGGAUCAUCAUAUGUUGUAUAUAUUUUCUGUUCUUGAAUACAAUUAUAUUAACAUGAAAAUUGUAACUUUCAUUUCUUUCCAACUGACAUGUUUACCUCUUGAAAGCUGCCGAGGUACCAAUGUCAUAUGAUCUAAAAUUCAUUAAUUAUAUUCAAGAUUCAAAUUCUCAUUAUAUCACUGCAGUUAAAGUACAGUAUGUUUUACAUUUUCAGAAGUAUUUCUUUACACUUUUGCUAUUUAUAUGCACAGGCAUUUGUAUUUCAGUGUUCAAGUACCAAUAACACAUGAAAUCAAAAUAUAUUCACUUGUUCUGGCAUGCUAACUAUUAUUUCCAUUAUAUGUAACACUAAUUUCUUUAAAAUAGAUAUAAUUUUUGUUGUAAUAUGUUUGCUUGCCUCUUCUGGUAUCUGGAGGCAUGUUUAGUUAAUGUAAAUUAACACCAUUUAUUCACAUCAGCCCAAGAUGCCCUUAGCUGUAGAUAAUUCAUAAUCAGGUCUUGGACCCAACACCUGCAAAAUUAAAUUAAAGGCAAUUUUAAAUGGUUACCGUGCUUUAUGAAAAUAAUUGAGAAUUCUGCAGAUUAAGCAUCCAGUUCAUCAAAGGUUGACAUGCAAAUUUUAUAUUCCAAGUUUCUCAACUAAAAUGUUCAGGAGCACAAACCUGCUGUGAUCCAUGCACACCAAGGGGCAUAUUUUUGUAUGCAAAUCAUUUUAUAACAUCAGAGUUGUCAAACUCAAUUGGUUUUAGUGUCAAUUCCAAUUUAACCCUAAAGUUUGAGUGCAGGAAAUUUUUCUGCGUGUUUUUAAGUUUGUGAAAUUUCAAGUGACAAA